GUGCUUGACUCUAAAUGCCCUGUGGCUCGAUGGCACUCGUGGAAGCUUGGCGUAGUGGCUAACGUGUCUAGACUGUACACUGCUUUACCCGGGUUGAGUCCCGCUGUGGCUGCUGAUGAGAUCAGCUCAAACGAGGUCGAAACUGCAGUUAGCUUCGGCCUGGAUACGAACCCUUUGUGA